AUAACCAGCAAAGAUCCUCUGCUUAUUUGCAACUAUGUCUAAAGCAGCCACGCAGACGCAAGAACGCAAUCCAAGAGGCAUUCCCAAAGCGCCCUUCAUCGCAGAUGUCGCAGAGUUCUUGGGUCCUGACCCGAAUCCGGAGAAUGCGUUGAAGGAGUUCCAGGCCGCGCUAGCGAAGUAUCGGUACAUGGACAAUAACCUAGCUCAGCGGAGGCGAGGACUCGAGGAAAAAAUCCCAGACAUCAAGAAGACAUUGGCGAUGGUGGAGUUUUUGCAAGAACGACGAGAAGGCAUGAGCGCAGCAAAGGAUGGAGAUGAAGACGACCUUGAUGACGACGAGGGCGACGUAGACGUCUCAGGGAAACCGCUUACAACUACCUUCGAGCUGAACGACACGCUAUACGCUGAAGCGGAGUUGGAGGACACCGACUCCGUCUACUUGUGGCUUGGGGCAAACGUCAUGCUCGAGUACAAGAUUCCCGCUGCCGUUACGUUACUUCGAUCAAAACUUGAUGCUGCACAGAGUAGUCUUGAGAGCGUGAUUGAGGACCUUGAGUUCCUACGGGAGCAGAUCACAGUCAUGGAGGUCAACACCGCGCGCGUUUACAACUGGGAUGUCAAACGGCGGAGAGAGUUGCGAGAGAAGGAGGUGGGUAAAGGAAACGACGAGGAAAAGGCAUAAUUCAGUCGUGUGUAUGCAUACUUGUGAGUCGUGAUAUGCCACAUGUAUAUAGUACUAAGG